AUGUUCGCAUUUUGCGAGAAUAUGGAUGAUGCAAAAAAGGCGGAUGCUUUCUCAUUUUACAUCAACCGAGUCUCAAGACUGAACUCUCGAGGAAAAGCUGACGAGGAAGAGGAGGAUGAUGAUGAGGAUUUGGAUCUCACCGAUUCACAAAGAAACUCGAAGAAAAUGGCAAAUCUACAUGCACUUCGUCGACAAACCGGACUAGAAACCGGCCAUUUCACGUUCAACGUCUUUUGCAAUUCGGCUCAUGUGAUCUUCCAAGAAACCACCAAAGAUUGCCACACUGUGGUGAUGGCAUCGGGCACUUUAUCGCCAUUGGAUGGAAUUGAUGCCGAGUUUCGCACCGAUUUCAAAAAAAUCUGCAUCCGAGCCAACGAGGUUUUCGAUCCGAGUCGCAUAUUUGGAGCAAUCAUUAAAUAUACGUUAAACGGCGAGCCAUUGAAUCUGAUGGCCGGCAAAGUGGAAAAGGAAAUCGAAAAAAACGGCUUUUCUAGAUCCCUGCGAGAAUCACUGAAAAUUGUCAGUGUAAUCUGCAAAGCCACCUCAAAUGGGGUACUCGUUUAUGCGUCCUCUUAUGAAAUGCUUCGGAAACUUCGAUUCGAAUUCGAAAAAUUGAAUCAAGCUGCAUUUGGACAAAAGGUUGUCAUCUGGGAAGAUCCGGAUCCGAGACUAUUUGAGACACAAGUGAACAACUAUACAACGGCUGCAAGUGGAGAUGGAGCUGUGCUUUUUGCUGUUUGUCGUGGAAAGAUGAGUGAAGGCAUCGAUUUUAAGGAUAAACUGGCCAGAGCGGUCAUCAUUUUGGGAUGGCCGUAUCCAAGUAUUAGCGACCCUCAAUUUAAAUCGAAAAAAGCCUAUGACAGUGAUCAAUUCGAACGAGCUCAAAGAAGGGAAGUUGAGGGGAAUUAUCAGUGGCUAGGAGGUCAAGAACUUGUCUACAUCCGACUCUAUCGAGCUCUCAAUCAAGCGGCUGGACGUGCAAUAAGACACAAGAAAGACUAUGGGGCGAUCAUUCUCAUUCAUAGCGAGCAUACUCACAACCACAAAUACAUCACCGAUUUGAUGAUGAAUCCAAAGUCACUAUGUAAAAACGAGAACACGAUUGCAAUAUUGACUGAGCUUCAAAAUUGGAUGAAGCAAAAGAGCGACGAGAUGAUUGUU